CGUCAUUCUCAUAUUUUGUAAUUUUGUUGUGAAGUGAACUUUUUUAGAUUAAUGCCGUUUAUAUUUCUUAUAAAAAGUUCGUACAGUACUUUAGUACACCUUUAUAUUAAAUACUAUUCAAUUGGUUAUUCUUUAUAAAUGAUAUUAAUUUCAUACAAACUAAUCCCACAAUAAUGUCUGAUUCGGAGGCAAGUAACUUUUCCGAAAACGAAAACGCUUCGGAUGCAGGUUCUGUACGAUCUCGCAGUUCCAGAGGAAGUGUUAGAUCCAGAAGUAGAAGCGCAUCCAGAUCGAAAUCCAGAUCAAGAUCUAGAAGCCCUUCAAAAAGUCGAUCGAGAAGUUUAUCUAGGGGAUCAAGAGGAUCUAGAGUAUCGAGGUCUAGAUCUGCUUCUAGGUCUAGAUCUCCCUCGCGAUCCAAGUCCAGAUCGCGAUCUAAAUCUAGAUCACGUUCGCGGUCACGAUCGCGGUCCCGGUCUCCCAAAAGUAGAGGAGGUUCUGAAGCACGAGAAGCUUCUGGCCCUGAAGAUGUGGUAGAAGAGGAAGAACCAGAUGGAGAAAGUCUUCGUUCUGAUGAAUAUGAUAGUGAGGAAGAUGAGAGUGAUGAUGGGGGACGGUCGAAAAAGAGGAAAAAGAACAAGGAUAGAUAUGGUGGUUUCAUUAUUGAUGAGGCUGAGGUCGAUGAUGAAGUAGAAGACGAAGACGAAUGGGAAGAUGGUGCCCAAGAAAUUGGAAUCGUUCCUAACGAGGUUGACGAAUUUGGUCCAACAGCCAGAGAAAUUGAAGGAAGGAGACGAGGCACUAAUUUAUGGGAUGCUCAAAAAGAAUCUGAAAUCGAGGAGUACCUCAAAAGAAAAUACGCAGACGAUGGGGCAGCUAUUAAGCAUUUUGGAGAUGGAGGAGAGGAAAUGUCUGAUGAAAUUACACAACAGACACUGUUGCCUGGAGUAAAGGAUCCGAACUUGUGGAUGGUGAAAUGUCGAAUAGGAGAAGAAAAAUCCACCUGUCUUCUGUUGAUGCGCAAAUUCCUGGCGUACCAAAAUACGAACGAACCGUUACAAAUCAAAUCGGUGGUGGCUCCGGAAGGGGUGAAAGGUUACAUUUACAUUGAGGCUUACAAGCAGCCCCACGUUAAAGCUGUCAUAGCAAAUGUGGGUAAUUUGAGGAUGGGGAUCUGGAAGCAGCAGAUGGUUCCUAUUAAGGAGAUGACUGAUGUUUUGAGGGUGGUUAAAGAACAAACUGGAUUAAAAUCGAAACAGUGGGUCCGUCUUAAGAGGGGUCUAUAUAAGGACGACAUCGCUCAAGUUGAUUACUUCGACAUGGCCCAAAACCAAGUACAUCUAAAAAUAUUGCCUAGAAUAGAUUACACUCGUUUAAGAGGAGCUUUAAGAACGGCACAAUCGGAUUCGGAAGCUGAAAAACGUAAGAAAAAACGCCGCCCACCGAGCAAACCAUUCGAUCCGGAAGCGAUUCGUUCAAUAGGAGGCGAAGUCACGUCCGAUGGAGAUUUCUUGAUCUUCGAGGGUAACCGUUACUCUCGCAAAGGAUUUCUUUAUAAAAAUUUCACUCUCAGCGCCGUCAUUAUCGACGGAGUGAAACCGACUUUGGCCGAAUUGGAGAGGUUCGAGGAACAACCGGAGGGUAUAGAUUUGGAGCUGUCGGCGGAGAAAGAAGAAAAAGCCGUAACGCAUUCGUUCAGUGCCGGGGAUAACGUUGAAGUUUGCGAAGGGGAAUUGAUUAAUUUACAGGGUAGAAUUAUAAGCAUAGACGGACAUAUGAUUACCAUCAUGCCCAAACACGAGGAUCUUAAAGACCCGUUGGUGUUCCAAGCGAACGAGUUGAAGAAAUAUUUCAAAACUGGAGAUCACGUCAAAGUUUUAUCAGGUCGAUAUGAGGGCGACACUGGUUUGGUAGUGCGAGUCGAAAACAACAGGGUGGUGUUAAUAUCCGAUUUGACGAUGCACGAAAUGGAAAUUUUACCGAAAGAUCUUCAACUUUGCACCGACAUGGCCAGCGGCGUAGAUUCUUUGGGCAAAUUCGAAUGGGGCGAUCUCGUAAGCUUGGACGCCGAAACUGUCGGAGUCAUUAUUAGAUUGGAACGGGAAAAUUUUCAUGUUUUAAACAUGCACGGAAAAGUUGUGGAAUCCCGACCUGGUUCGUUACAAAAAAGACGCAUACACAAAGCGGUGGCCGCUUUGGAUUCGUACCGAAACAAUUUGCAUCGUAGGGAUAUGGUUAAAGUGAUAGACGGACCUCAUUCUGGUUUUUCGGGGGAAAUUAAACAUUUAUACAGGAAUUUCGCCUUCCUUUACUCCGUCGAAUUUUUACAAAAUGGAGGUAUUUUUGUCUGUAAAACGAAGCAUCUUCAAUUAGCCGGUGGUAACAAAAAUGUACCAUCCGCCGAUAUCACUGUUGGAAUGGAGUACAUGUCGCCGAGAAGAAGCUCUCCGUUGCAUCCCUCCAGCGGCGGAGGGUUCGGCGGUUUUGGGGGCGGGAGCAGACCUAGUGGUGGCGCUGGACGAGGUAGGGUCUCUAGAGAUAGGGAUAUCAUCGGUACUACUAUUAAAAUUACCAGAGGGCCUUAUAAGGGUAAUAUUGGUAUUGUAAAAGAUGCGACAGAGUCUACAGCUAGGAUAGAAUUGCAUACUUCUUGUCAAACUAUAUCUGUUGACAGGAAUAAUAUUACUGAUGCUGGUACUCCGAGCAGCAGAGAUGGCAGCGCGUCCAGUUACGGCAGAACUCCGGCGUACGCUGGAAACCAGACACCGUUAUACAGGGAUACCGGAAACAAAACGCCGAUGUGCGACUCCGGUUCUCGUACACCUUUACAUUACGGUUCUAUGACGCCUAUUCAUGACGGUUCGAGAACGCCGAACGCUAGUUCCGAAUGGGAUCCCGCUGUUUCGAAUACUUAUCCGUCACCUGGUUAUAAUCCAAGUACGCCAGGCUAUCAAGUGAACGGUCCGUACACACCACAAACUCCAGGUACGAUGUACGACGCUAACUAUAGCCCGUAUCAGGCUAGUCCCGGUUAUCAGAGUGCUAUUUCGACUCCUAGUCCGGGAACUGGUUACGGACAAUCUCCUGUUUCGAGUCAAAAUCCGUAUAGUACUCCAAGUUCAAGUUACAGUCCUAAUAUGCCUUAUAAUCCACACACUCCUGGAGCUGGAAUGGAUGUUCUGCCCAUGACUGAUUGGCAUACUGUGGAUAUUGAGGUUAGAAUUCGCGAUAGUCACGAUGAUCCCGGCCUCGUAGGUCAAACCGGAGUUAUAAGAAGCAUCUCUGGAGCCAUGUGUACCGUUUUUCUUCCCGCUGAAGACCGAGUUGUCAAUAUUAUGUCAGAUCACUUAGACCCCGUCAGACCACAAAGAGGGGAUUUGUUUAAGGUAAUUAUUGGUGAAGAACGUGAACAAACCGGUGAAUUACUCUCCAUAGAUUCCCACGAGGGUGUGGUGAAAUUUAAAAACGACGUCACCAUGUUACCGUUACAAAAUUUGUGCAGGAUGAGACCUCUAGAUGACUAAAAAGUUUAUUUUUUUUUAUUUUCAAGUUUAAUUAGUUUAAAAAAAAAAUUGCUGAAAAUAUUUGAAAGUUUAGACUAAGUAUUCUGUAAUGAAACAUUUUAAUGCUGUAACUUGCGAACCAACUCUAAAACCGCAAACUUUUUAAGUGAAAAUGUUCAAUUGGUUUGUAAGUUGUGGUUAUUUUUGCGUUUUAAGGACACAUGGAUUUACAUUUAAAAAAUAUAGCGUCU